AUGGAGCCAGGCUCGCUGGUGGCAUCUGGGGCAUUAAGGGCCCAGGGGGGCUAUCGGAGACCCCUGUGCAGGAAUUUUGCCCGUGGAUCCUGUCGAUGGGGCCAGAGCUGCCGCUUCUCGCAUGACAGAAAGUCAGUCCACAUCUGCAAGUACUUCCAGAGGGGAUUUUGCAGCUACGGAGAGCAGUGCAGCUAUGAGCACAUCCAAGAGGAGCCGGUGCCGGUGGGGACCCUCUAUGGCCCCAGGCCCACCGUGCCCCCCAGCCGCUGGAGCUCGGACCCUGGCCGUGUGCCUGCGGCAGCAGCCCAGGGCUGGGGGGGAGCCCGGCAUGGCUUGGUCCACCCUGUCCCCACUGUGACGCACGUGGCCUUCAAGUUUGCAAGUAUGAAGGUUGAGGAGGAAGAGAAAAACAAGGAGAAUAUUACAGCACCUGGUAACAUCCCCCGUGGGGCCAUCGGUGGAGAAUUUGUCCCUGCACAAGCUCAGGGUGCCUCAGGCUCCCAACCGCAAGGCCUAGGGCUGGAUCCAAAUUCUCCUGACCCCAGAGAGGCAGUGGUGGAGACAGCUACACGGACUGACCCUGCAGAGGUCCUGACGGAGCCGGGUGCUGCGGCAGCCCUGGUCCCCACCGUGGCACUGAGGACCCAGAGUGAGGCCGUGGUGUGUGGCAUCUGCAUGGAUCGGGUGUACGAGAAGCCACUGCCGGAGGAGCGGUUCUUUGGGAUCCUCCCAAACUGCAGCCAUGCGUACUGCCUGGGCUGCAUCCGCAAGUGGCGUCGCAGCCGGGACUUCCAGAGCACGGUCAUCAAGGCCUGCCCAGAGUGCCGGGUCACCUCCAGUUACUACAUCCCCCACAAAUACUGGGUCUCAGAUGCGGGUGAGAAGGAGAAGCUCAUCGAAACCUUCAAGGCGCGGACGGGGAAAAUGAGGUGCAAGUUCUUUGUCCAGAACCACGGCCACUGCCCAUUCAAGUCAGACUGCAUCUACCUGCAUGAGCUGCCUGCCGGCCGGCUGCCAAGAAUACCCAUCGAGUUCAGCCCUUCCUUGGAGAGCUUUGAUGAGGAGGAUGACGAGAUCUGCGUGCUUGAAUGGGCUGUCACCCUGACGGAGGCAGACUUUCGGUACUCACGUAACGGCUACGAGAUGCUCUUCAACUUCAGCAACUCCAACUAA